AUGGCUUCUACCGCCACCUUGAAUAGGUUAAAAAAAGGCCUCAGUUUGAAUACCCGAUUUCGUUUAUCGUCUAGAAUCAUGUCGCAGCCGAGACGCGUUCAUACGGAGCAUGACUCCGUGCAGUAUGCUAUCAAGCAAAAUGAGCAUGGUGGCGCUGCUCGUUUGCGUGAUUUGUACUCCAACAAGGGUACAGGAUUUACGAUGGAUGAGCGCAAGAAGUUUGGUUUAAAGGGCCUCCUGCCUCCCACUGUCCAUACGCUUGAAGAACAAUUUAAGCGUAUCAAGCACCAAAUUGAUCUCAAGGAGACGAACUUUGCGAAACACAUUGAGCUUGCCAACGUACGCCAGAGAAAUGAGCGUCUGUUCUACUACUACAUUAUGUCGGACUUGAUGAAGAACAUUCCCCUGGUGUACACUCCUACUGUGGGCGAAGCUUGCCAAAAGUUCUCUAUGAUGUUCCGCCGCCCAGAGGGCCUUACGCUUUCCAUCGAAGACAAGGGCUCGGUAGAAGAAUGUAUCGGGAACUGGCCUCGACCCUCUGAUGCCCCUCGUGUGGCUGUUAUUACUGAUGGUUCGCGCAUUUUAGGACUUGGUGACUUGGGCUGGAAUGGUCUUGGCAUAGCCAUUGGCAAGCUUUCUUUGUAUGUGGCUGGUGCUGGUGUGCACCCUCAGUCGACGAUGCCGAUUGUUGUCGAUGUUGGCACUGACAACGAGGAGUUGCGCAACCACCCUCUGUAUCUUGGUCUGCGUCGUCCGCGACCCAGCACGGAAGAACUUGUGGAAUUCGUUGAUGAGAUCAUGAUGAAGCUGAAUGCCCGGUAUCCCAACCUGAUUAUCCAGUUCGAAGACUGGAGCAGCGAACAUGCGUUCUUGUUUUUGGAACGCUACAAGAACAAGUAUCCUAUGUUCAAUGACGACAUUCAAGGCACGGGUUCUGUAAUUCUUGCUGGUCUCGUCAAUGCUGCACGGAUGGUUUCUAAAAAGACUGGCAAAGACCUUACGGAUCACCGUAUCUUGAUGGCUGGCGCUGGAUCUGCUUCCAUUGGCGUGGCCAAGCAGCUCAUGUCUUUCUUCACAUUGAAUGGAUUGUCUGAGGAAGAGGCGCGUCUCCGCAUCUGGACGACAGACUCCAAGGGUCUUGUGACCAUGAACCGAGGCGAUAAAAUCGCUCCAUAUAAGGAGUACUUUGCGCGCACUGACAAUGGUGAUGUGCAGGUGAAAGACUUCAUGGAUGUGAUUGAUUACGUCAAGCCAACGGUCAUCCUUGGCUUCUGCACUGUGCAUGGUUACUUCAAUGAAGGAGUCUUGCGAAAAAUGGCAGAAAUCAAUGAGCACCCCAUUAUUUUCCCUCUGAGCAACCCAACAAGCAAAUCAGAGUGUACUUUUGAGGAAGCUCUUACACACACUGAUGGUCGUUGCGUGUUUGCGGCAGGUUCACCAUUCCCAGACGUGACAUUCCAGGGCAGGACGCGAGUUGCCGACCAGGGCAACAACUUCUACAUUUUCCCUGCGCUUGGUCUUGCUGGAGCCCUUGUCCAGGCCAAGCAUAUAAACGACAAUGUUAUCACAGAAGCGGCCAUUGCUCUGGCAGACUCUUUGAACAAAGAAGAAAGCGACGCUGACCGUCUGUACCCGAGGUUGGAGCGUGUGCGUGAGAUUUCCAACUAUAUCGCUUUCCGUUGCAUCAAGAUCCUAAUUCGCGAUGGACUGUGCCGCGAUAAUGGCCUGACUGCUUCAAUGAAUGAUGACGAACUCUACAAAUGGAUUGCUGCCCGCAUGUGGCUCCCUGACUAUUCUCACUGA